AUGAUACACACCCAACCAUCUAAAGAAAUAGUUCAAGUAAUUAAGGAACUUCAUCGUCCUGCGCGUAAAAAUUUCUCUCGACGAAGAACAAUUAUUAAAGGGUUAGAUGAUCUUUGGCAAAUGGAUUUAGGGCAGCUUGAUAAGCUCGCCACAAGUAAUGAGGGUUUUAAGUAUAUUCUUGUUGUUAUUGAUUGCUUCUCGAAAUUCGUAUGGGCUAGAGCAGUGAGGAGGAAAACAGGCGAAGAAGUGACUAGGGCUUUUCUAGAUAUCCUACAGCACAAUGACGGACAAAUACCUAUCAACUUACAAUCUGAUCAAGGAAAGGAAUUUUUCAAUCACCAAUUUCAAGAACUAGUUAUUAGAAAACAUCACAUAAAUCAUUAUAAUACGUAUAGUGAUAAGAAAGCAGCAAUAGUGGAGCGAGUCAUAAGAACGUUGAAAGAAGCGCUUUUCAAACAAUUUAGUUUGAGAGGAACUUAUCGAUGGAUCGACAUCCUUCAAGAUGUGGUAAAUGCAUAUAAUAAUAAAAGGCAUCGGACAAUUAGAAUGAAACCAUGUGAUGUUAAUACGAAAAAUGAGAGUGACAUAUAUGAAUUUGCAUACAACCACAUCAAAAUAGCAGGACCUCAUAGAUUUCAGAAGGGUAAUAUUGUACGUAUAAGUAAAUACAGACAUGUUUUUACAAAGGGAUAUCUCCCACAAUGGACUACUGAACUAUUUAAAAUCACAAAAGUUCAACUGACCAACCCAGUAAGUUACCUUCUUGAAGAUUUUACCGGUAGACCUAUAAGUGGAGCUUUCUACCAAGAAGAGUUGCAAAAGACAAAGCAGCCCGAUGUUUACUUGGUUGAAAAAGUAUUGCGCAGACGUGCAGACAAGGUUUUGGUGCGAUGGUUGGGGAUGAGUGAAGAACAUGAUUCCUGGAUUCAGUCAGAAAACAAACUUUGA